ACCGGGGUCCGGCCUGUGGGACCUCCGCAGGCCUUCGUGGGGCCCCUGCGGCGGCCCCGGGCGAGCGCCCUCCGCCUCUGACAUUUCUCUCCGGUCCUGGCAUCGCCCCAGCCCAUCCCACGCCCCCCCAACUCCAGGCAGACCCGGCCUCCGAGCCCCGGCUCCGCGCCGCGGGCCCUCCCUUGCAGCCCGGCGUGGAGUGCGGGGCGCGGAGCCGGGUGCUGUGGAGAGGCUGCUCGCCGAGGCUCGGGUCACCUGUGGACGCGUUCUCACGGGGCUGGCAGGGGUGGGGCGUCUCAGGAGCCGUGAACAGCAGCCACUUAAGUUUAUUACUUGACGUUUGCCAGCUGCCUCCCGGAGUGAUGUACUUAAUCUGCUCUGUCGAUCUUGGAGACCCAUUUCACUGAAUAUUUUGUCUUUUUCCCGGGGAAUUGGCUUUCCAGUUUUUAGUGAUGUGCAGUUAGUAUUCAGUAGUUAAGAUUUUGUAUCUUCCCACAUUGCCACAGAAGGAACCCUCCCUUGGGACUGAGUAUUUCCAGAACCCUUCCUAUGUAGCAGGCUCUGUAUCAGGAAAUACCAAAAACAAGUGACUCAACAACUAGUAGCUCUGCUUUACCUGUGGGGGGUGUGUGUGUGUGUGUGUCUAGACUGUCCCCUUGGAUACUCUGCAUUUGCCUAGAGACAUAGAAGGGCCAGAGAAAUUUACACGGCUUGUGACACCGAGCUGCUCGAGGCCGGGAGGACUCCGAGCCCGGCCAGUGGAGGCCCCCCCGCACCUGGAGAGAAGAGGCCACCGUGGAUCCAGCAAUGAGCCAUCCCGACUGCAGGCUGAACCUGGGGAGCCUCAGAGGUGUGUCCUCUGUGGUCAGCCCACGUGGCGUUGGUGCUUCGCCAGGUGACAAAAAGUCAAAGAACAAGUCCACGCGAGGGAAGAAGAAGAGCAUAUUUGAAAAUUACAUGUCCAAGGAGGAUGUUUCAGAAGGCUUGAAGAGAGGAACACUUAUCCAGGGUGUACUGAGAAUCAAUCCAAAGAAGUUUCACGAAGCCUUCAUUCCUUCCCCGGAUGGUGACCGAGACAUCUUUAUUGAUGGGGUUGUUGCUCGGAAUAGAGCCUUGAAUGGGGACCUGGUCGUUGUGAAGCUGCUUCCAGAGGAGCAGUGGAAGGUGAUUAAACCAGAGAGCAAUGACAAAGAGACAGAAGGCGCCUAUGAACCGGAGCUCCCUGAGGAGCUCUGUGGGAGCCAUCUGCAGCGGUCCCUGAAAGGCCACAACGACAGCCCCGACGUGAUCGUGGAGGCUCAGUGUGAGGACAGCGGCUCCGAAGACGGGCACGGCGGCACACCCGACGUGCUGGUGGACGGCGUCAGGAAGCUCGCGGUGUGUGUUCCCGAAAAAGGAAAAGAGGAUGGCGGUGCACCAGUUACGAAAGACGAGAGCACCUCCAUGCCACAGGACGCGAGCGCUGUACCGGAGAAGUCGCUGCAAAGAUCCGCAAAGGUGGUUUACAUCGUGGAGAAAAAGCAUUCCCGGGCAGCAACUGGCUUCCUCAAACUGCUGACCGACAAGAACAGUGAGCUGUUCAGGAAAUAUGCCCUGUUUUCUCCCUCGGACCACCGAGUGCCUAGAAUAUACGUGCCUCUCAAGGACUGCCCUCAGGAGUUUGUGACCCGGCCUAAAGAUUUUGCCAACACACUAUUCAUCUGCCGCAUCGUGGACUGGAAGGAGGACAGCAAUUUUGCCCUGGGGCAGCUGGCGAAGAGUCUGGGGCAGGCUGGGGAAAUCGAGCCUGAAACGGAAGGAAUACUGACAGAGUAUGGUGUGGAUUUCUCGGAUUUCUCUUCGGAAGUUCUAGAAUGUCUCCCUCAAGACUUGCCCUGGACAGUACCACCAGAGGAAUUCAGCAAGAGAAGAGAUUUAAGAAAAGACUGCAUCUUCACCAUUGACCCGUCAACCGCCCGCGACCUUGAUGAUGCCCUGUCCUGUAAGCCACUUGCGGACGGUGACGCCUACGAGGUGGGCGUGCACAUCGCCGACGUCAGUUACUUUGUUCCCGAGGGCUCCGAGCUGGACAAGGUGGCUGCGCAGCGAGCGACAAGUGUCUACCUGGUUCAGAAGGUAGUGCCCAUGCUCCCCAGAAUGCUGUGUGAGGAGCUGUGCAGCCUCAACCCCAUGACUGACAAACUGACCUUCUCCGUGAUCUGGACGCUGACCUCGGACGGCAAGAUCCUUAGUGAAUGGUUUGGCCGGACCGUCAUCCGCUCCUGCACCAAACUGAGCUACGAGCAUGCACAGAGCAUGAUUGAGAGCCCGACUCAGAGGAUCCCGGAGGGGGAGCUGCCCCCCAUCUCCCCGGAGCACAGCAGUGAGGAGGUGCACCAGGCGGUCUUGAAUCUCCACCGAAUCGCAAAGGAGUUACGCAAGCAGCGGUUUCUGGACGGCGCGCUGCGUCUGGAUCAGCUGAAGCUUGCUUUCACCCUGGACCACGAGACCGGACUGCCGCAGGGCUGUUACAUCUCCGAGUACCGCGACAGCAACAAGCUCGUGGAGGAGUUCAUGCUCCUGGCCAACAUGGCGGUGGCGCACAGGGUCUACCGCUCCUUCCCGGAGACGGCGCUGCUGCGCCGGCACCCCCCACCCCAGACCAAGAUGCUCAACGACCUGGUGGAGUUCUGCAACCAGAUGGGGCUGCCCAUGGACUUCAGCUCCGCUGGGGCCCUCAACGAAAGUCUGACCAGAAUAUUUGGAGACGACAAGUACUCCCUGGCCCGGAAGGAGGUGCUCACCAACAUGUGCUCCCGGCCUAUGCAGAUGGCCCUGUACUUCUGCGCCGGGGCGCUGCGGGACGAGGCGCAGUUCCGGCACUACGCCCUCAACGUGCCGCUCUACACGCACUUCACCUCGCCCAUCCGCCGCUUCGCCGACGUCAUGGUGCACCGGCUCCUGGCCGCCUCGCUGGGCCACAGCGCGCCGCCGGACCUGGAGCCCAGCGAAGUGCAGAAACAGGCCGAGCACUGCAAUGACCGCCGCAUGGCGUCCAAGCGCGUGCAGGAGCUCAGCACCAGCCUCUUCUUUGCCGUCCUGGUCCGGGAGAGUGGCCCCCUGGAGUCAGAGGCCAUGGUGCUGGGCGUCCUGAACCAAGCCUUCGACGUGCUGGUGCUGCGCUACGGGGUGCAGAAGCGCAUCUACUGCAACGCCCUGCCCCUCCGGUCCCACCGCUUCCGGAGAGUGGGCAAGAAGCCGGAGCUCACGCUGACCUGGGGACCUGUGGACACGGAGCAGGAGCCGGUGCAGCAGGUCAUCACCAUCUUCAGCCUGGUGCAGGUGGUGCUGCAGGCGGAGGCCGCCGCCCUCAAGUACAGCGCCCUCCUCAGGCGGCCGGGCGCCGGGGACCACUCGGACCACCUGCGGGACGGGGAGGAGAGCGACUGUGACCUUGAGCGGGAGGACUGAAGGCAGCGUCCCCGCACCCCGCUUACCUCGCGCCCCGCCCGCUGGCUUCCGGAAGAGGACCUUUUGGCACCAAAGGGGAUUUUUAAUUUGGUUUUUAAUAACUCAGGGUUUUAUUUUUAUUUUUUUUUUCAUUCUAUUUUAUUUUUGCAGCUCAGUUUUUAAAUGAACUGGAGAGGAGGGGGGUGCUGGCCGGGGGACUGAGGCCUGGCCCGCGCUCGCCGCGGCAGAGUGGUGCCUGCCGGACCCCCGGGAGGCCAGCCCCCCUCUGCCGGGCCCCCACGGCCUCCCCCGCCCCGGGAACGGGCUUUGCAGCGAAUCAGUGUCAUGGAAUAAAAUCAGAUGUGAAGGGC